AUGAGCUAUGCUUUUCAGCACUCUUUUACUUGCUUCUGCAACUUCUUUUUUCCUCACCUGUUUCUCUUUGUAUUCAUCUUUUCAUCUAAAGCCACAGCUCGGAACCUAGCCAGUGUCGACAAGGCAGUGAAUAAUUCUGCUUCUGCUAUAUUAAUUUUCGGAGACUCCACAGUUGAUCCUGGAAAUAGUAACUACAUUACAACUCCAUUUAGGAGCAAUUUCCCACCUUAUGGGAAAGAUUUCUUGAAUCAAGCUGCAACUGGAAGGUUUACUAAUGGCAGACUUGCUAAUGAUUUUAUAGCUAACUAUGUUGGGCUCAAAGAUUAUGUGCCUCCAUAUUUGGAUCCAAACCUCAGCACUCAAGAGCUAUUGACUGGAGUCAGUUUCGCUUCUGCGGGAUCUGGAUUCGAUCCACUUACACCGACGAUAAGCAAUGUGAUAUCAGUAUCAAAACAGUUGGAGUACUUGAAAGAGUACAAAGCAAAACUGAAGGAGACAAUUGGGAAGGAGAAAAUGGAACAGUUGAUAAAUAAUGCUUUGUUUGUUGUUAGCGCGGGUACAAAUGACUUUGUCGUCAAUUAUUUCACGAUACCAAUUCGACGUAAAAACUACACUAUCCCAACUUAUAUGGAUUUUGUAUUACAACAAUCACAGCAGUUCAUGCAGGGUUUGUGGGAUGAAGGGGCUCGACGAAUUGGAGUGGUUGGACUGCCACCGUUGGGUUGUUUGCCCGUCGUCAUAACUAUGUAUUCUGACAAUGCAUUUCAUAAACGCGAAUGUAUUGAUAAAUUCUCCUUCAUUGCUCGAGAUUACAAUCUAAAGCUCCAAACUCAAUUGAGCGCAAUGCAACUCAAAUUUGCAAACUCUGGCUCGCGAAUUGCUUAUAUGGAUGCCUACGGACCGCUAGAGGACAUGGCCUUCCACCGCAACUAUGAUUUUGACGUGGUUAACAGUGGAUGCUGUGGGUCGGGGUACCUUGAAACAUCGUUUCUAUGCAACCCAAGAUCAGCUGUUUGCCCAGAUGCAUCCAAGUAUGUAUACUGGGAUUCAAUUCAUCCAACUGAAAGGACAUACUAUCUUCUCUUUCAUGCCCUUCGACCUGUCAUUGAUUCCAUUAUCAAGGAUUGA